AUGAAAUAUUUGUAUAGAACCAUCUUUCUCUUACUUAUUAUCAUCAAUGGAAGCUCAGCAGAUAGAAUCAAAGCUCGAAACAAACGGGUUCAAGAGGAAACUAACUAAACUACAUGGGAACCAAUUAGAAUUUAAUAUUAGUUUGCCUAAGAAAAUUAUGAAAUUGAGUACUAAGUGUUCUUUUAAAACUUAUUAUCUGUGGCAUCUACAUUCUUCACAAGAUACUUUUUAGUACAAAGAUUGACUGAGUAAAUUACAUUUGAUACUCUUGAUACAGAAUACUUUGAAAAAAGAAAUAUUUCAACUUCACUUAUCAGCAAACAGUUUGAUGCAGACCUUCUCAUCUUUUUCGUGAUAUUUUCAGAUUCACAAUCCUAUAAAGCAAAUUCUGGUUAUUUUAAAACUGAUCCUGAAACUAAAAGACCUACUGUAGGUUAUAUUUAAUGGAAUACAUUUUACACCAAUUUGACAAAUAUCACUAACUCUGAUUUCGAAUAGCAUGCCCAACGUUUAAUUGCAGUUACUAUGUAUGAUAUGGGUUUCAUUUUUUAAACAUUUCCUACUUAUUACGAUAGUUCAACUAAGGAAUCGUAUUCUGAAGUUAUUAUUACUGAGGAUGGAAUUAGUUACUUAUCGACACCUAGAUUAAGAAAUAAGAUGAAAUUGCAUUUUAAUUGCAGUUCGAUCAAGGGAGCUUAACUUGAAAAUGAAGGUGGAAAUGGUAUUCAAUUAUCUCAUUUGGAAAGAGCCGUGUUUUAUAAUGAAAUUUUAACUAGUUCAAUAAUGGAAGGAAAAGUCGUUAUAUCUGACUUUACAUUUUCACUAUUUCAAGAUAGUGGUUUCUAUAAUUUUAUGGAAUACUACCCAGAUAAAGUGCAAUGGGGAAAAAACAAGGAAUGCGAUUUUCUGACUAAAUAAUGUAAAGGAGAAUUUGAAGAAUUUUGUUAAGUAGAAAAUGAGUAAGGAUGCUCCUAUUUAAAUACUGGAUAAGCAAAGUGUCAAUCAGACAAGUAUAGUAACGAAUGCAAAUAUUUUUAAAUCUAACUGGGAUAUGAUUGUAAGGAUAAAUCAUCUGCUGGAGGAGAUUAAAACUAAGAAACAUUUUAAUAUUUUGGAUCUGAUAGCAUGUGUGUUAAAGGAUCAAUAAGUAAGAAUUAAAGUGCUGCUAAUUCAUAACAAUCUAGUUGUUACUAAUACUCUUGUGAUUCAAAUAAUCAAUUAAAGUUACUAAUAGAUGAAAAACAAUAUGAUUGCUCAUCAUCUUAACCUUAAAAACUAGAUAAAGGUUAUUUUGGAUCAUUGAUAUGUCCAAACAACCCUGAAGAAUUUUGUAAAUCAUAAAAUGAUUGCGAAGAUUAAUGUAGUUAAAAUGGAUAUUGUUUAAAUUAAAUGUGCAUAUGUAAAUUAGGAUAUUCAGGCAAAAGUUGUUCAGAAAAUUGUUAAAACUAUAGAUUCUAAAAUGAAUGUUUUGAAUUGUGUCCAAAAAAUUCAUAUGCUAUUGCUUCUAUUAAAUAUUGUGUUGGAUGUCCUGGAAAUUGCUAUAUUUGUGAAAGUUAUAAUAAGUGUAAAUCAUGUCAUUAAGGAUACAAAUUAAAUGCAAUAGGAUUUUGUGAUAUUAUCGAUCCUUUCUCUGACGGAGGAGAGGACGAGAAUGAAACAGGCUCAGGAGAAUAAGAGGAUGAAUAAUACUUUGAUCUAUACUUUAACUAUUAAUAUGAAAACGGAUAUAUUAUAGGAGCCACCAUAAUCUAUUUGAUAUUAUUAUGA